AUGGACAUGUUAUCAAAAGAAUUAAAAGCUAUUCAUGUUCCUGAUAUGAAGAUAACACCGGUUGAAGGUGAGAUAGAUAUAGAUAUUAUACCUCCUAAUGUAUCUGUAUCAUCGCCACAAACAUUCUCUGAUAAUAUUCUUCAGUGGUCACAAACACAAGUACGUCAAUGGCUUCUUCAACAUAAACUGGUUCAACUGUCUCAGCUUCUCAUCGAUUGUAAUGGUCGAAGUUUAGUUCAUCUAUAUAAAUUCAUGAAGCAAAGUCAAUCAUCACAAAUCUUAUCAAUACUUCAAGAAGAUUCACUUCGUCGAAUAAAUCAGAGUAUAUCAUUAAUAGAGUUAUCUUGUUUUCAUUCUAUUAUGCAUGAACAACAACGACAACAACGGCAGCAAACAAAAAUAUCCAUAAAAUCAACUGAAAUCAAUAGAAAUAUUGAAGAAGUUGAUUUUUGA